CUAAAUCCCCCUUUUAUCUCCUGUAUCUGUAAACCCACAUUGAAUUUAUUGUCUAACAAUGCUCGGCGUUGAGUUAAGGAUCUCUACCGUCGCCGGAGUUUUGACGGAUCUACCGGAAACAAGUCACCGGAGUGCCAGCUGGAGCUGUAACUCCUCGAUUCGAAAUAUCUCAUAUCAUCUCUCUUCCAGAAAUAGACAUUGUAGAAAGUCUAGAUUCAUGGUAAUCUGUAGCAAGUCAUCACGCGGAAGCUUUAAUCGGAAAUCUAAUCAGAGUGAUGAACCGGGUGAUGAUUAUAUUGAAGCUGUCGUCCUCGUUUCAGAGACUAUGAAGCACUACAAAAUGCAUAUGGGUGGAUUUCAAGAAGAAACAAGAUGGCACUCAUCUGCUCACCUGAUUCCCUCUUCUUUUCACCCUAAGGAUCGUAUCGCUGAUGCAUCAUCUUUAGGGACAGGAUUUCUUCGCCGUUUCAAGAAUCCAACUAUUUUUCUUAAGAUGUCCUGUGAUGCAGAAUAUGUCUUACCAAUUAUUGUUGGAGAACAUGCUGUCGAAAAACUUAUAGAUUCAUUGGAUGAGGAGACUGGGGUAAUUUUUUUCAAGAUUUUGAGAGCGGAUUCUCUGAUUUACUUUUCCUUAUCUUUCUCUUAACAUCUCUUUGAGAUGCUGAUGUUGGGCCUGCUGCAGGAUUGCCCCGACGAGUUCCUGCUUUUGAGGAAUCUAUUGUUGAAAUCUGGCUAUGAAGUUAAAAUGGUGAAGAUUACAGAAAGAGUGACUAGUACUUAUUUUGCCAGAAUAUUUUUCCACAAGGCAGGGGAAAAAGAUAUUUUUAGUGUGGAUGCUCGUCCCUCAGAUGCCAUUAAUGUUGCCAGAAGAUGUAAGGCACCAAUAUUUGUGAAUAAGCAAAUUGUCUUGACUGAUGCAACAAGAAUAGGUUAUGGAAUGGACCGAUCUAGCAGAAUUAAGUCCACCUAUGAUGUAUUAUUAGAUAGUGCAUCAGAUGGCCCCGAUUUACUUUCUGAAGAACUUAGUAUGCUGAGAAAUAUGAACUUAGCAGUGAAUGAGGAGAGGUACAAUGAUGCAGCUAUGUGGAAGGACAAACUGAUGAGACUUCGUGAGUUCCAGACAUGAGCUCUACAAUCUUUCUCCAGAAAUAAAAUGUAAAUAUUCCUUCUGGAUUGAUGGCAGCUAUGACACUGCACUGUAUUUCAACAUCACAUUAACAAAUGUUUCAAGGAAUCAAUAAUCUUCAGGGAAGUUUGAAAAUUAUUGGUGUGUACAUGUUCCCCUUGUUUUAGAAAUCUUGAAAAGUAAAUGCCUUACCUACGUUGUGUCAGUUGGGUUUUUAUCUAGCUAACCCAACAAUGCAACCUCUAGGUAAAAAUGUAUAUAGUUUGAUUGUUGUGAAGAAUAAAUCAACUAUGUGAGAAUAGCAUGUGCACAUUCAAGAUGAACUCCUUCUGCGCCAACAAUAAUAGUACUUAAACUAUCGAACGAAAAGAGAUGAGAUCAAGCUUUGAAGUUGGUAGCUGAAAGACAGCUGUCCGUGAAGGUCAGCAAAGACGAGAGUUUGUUUAGCGCAAAUCAACAAAUAUUGCAAAGAUGACACGACUUAAAAGCCAUGUGGUGAUAUAUUACCAUGACACACAGAUGGUGUCUUUCCUGUGCCUCUCAUCACCACUCAUAGAUAGUUGUAUAUAAGUUAAUAGAAGGGGCUGGAGUGGCUAUGCUCAAGUUAUAUGUUGUACAUUUGAUUCCAUCCAUAUUUGCAGCAUUUGUUAUAUCCAGA